ACAAGAAGAAAGACCAGAUACAAGUGUUAGGAAGUGACAUCUUGUCAUACAGGCAUUCUCUGGACACUGUCUCCCGGGGUCCUGCUGCUGCUGACGGCCCCUCCCCCUCCCUGCUCCUCUCUGGGUAAGGAAAGGAAGAGAUGGAGGAUAGAAGAUCAGCUGGAGCUGCCAUGAGGGGACACUGCAGCACAUGACCUCGUCUUCCAGAAUAUUUGUCCCAGAACCACGUUUCCAUCCUGUGGUUUGCUAAAUCCGGACUCUGUACAGACAAGGGCUGAGGAGAGAGCUCUGCCAUCAGCUGCAACCCAGGAAACCUACUAUACAGCAGCACAGGAAGACAAUAGCCCCCUCAGCAUCCUUCUGACCCAGGGACAUACACAUAGGCAUCCUCUGGACUACAUCCCUGUAUAACACUGGACUUGAUGAAGCUAAGACAAUACUAAGUCACCUUCCAAGGUCAAUAUGUUGUUAGAUCUGAAAUAUAUAUUUUGGAUAUGCUCCGCAUUCCACAUUUCUAAUGCAUUCCGUGCAGUUAAAUUGGAAAAAAGUCCUCCUGUGAAAGGAACAUUGUCCGGGAGAGUGACAUUACCAUGCUUCUUCUCAACAAUACCUACACUACCACCAAGCUAUAACAUUACUAAUGAAUUUUUGAGGAUAAAAUGGACAAAAAUUGAAAAAGGUCGGGAUGGAAAGGAUCCAAAAGAAACUACAGUUUUAGUUGCCCAAAGUGGUGGAAUAAAAAUUGGCCAAACGUAUAGGGGUAGAGUGUCUGUACCCAGUCAUCCAGAAGACAUCGGUGAUGCAUCCUUAACAAUGGUCAAACUUCGUGCUAGUGACGCUGGUACUUACCGCUGCGAGGUGCUGUUUGGAAUCGAAGAUACUCAAGAUACUAUCUCUUUGGAUGUAUCAGGAGUUGUGUUUCACUAUCGAGCAUCAGUAGACAAAUACAUCUUAGACUUUGAAGGUGCCCAAAGAGCUUGUAUUGAAAAUGGUGCCCAAAUUGCUACACCUGGACAAAUGAGAGCUGCCUACGAAGAUGGCUUUGAGCAGUGUGAUGCUGGCUGGCUGUCUGAUCAAACUGUUAGGUAUCCAAUCCGUAAUCCAAGAGCUGGAUGUUAUGGUGACAAAAGAGGGAAAGAGGGAAUUCGAACCUACGGAAGGCGUCCAGCUGAGGAGAAAUAUGAUGUAUACUGUUUUGUGGAAGAACUAAAUGGUGACCUCUUCCACUACCCCAAAAAGUUUACAUUUGAAGAAGCUAAAAAAGCUUGCGAGGAAAAGAACGCAUACUUAGCAACUGUUGGAGACUUAUAUUCUGCAUGGCGAAAUGGCUUUGACCAAUGUGACUAUGGUUGGCUUGCAGAUGGUAGUGUCCGUUACCCGGUGUCUUUAGCAAGGCCACAAUGUGGAGGUGGACUCCUUGGGGUGAGGACUAAAUAUCGUUUUGCCAACCAAACAUACUUCCCUCAACCACAAGAAAAAUACCACGCCUAUUGUGUCCAAAAUAGAAAAAAUAUCACAGAAUCUGUUUCGGUCAAACUAAUAUUACCUACAGAAGCAAUAACCCAAAGUGUCAUAAAGAAAUUGGAAUUACAACCAGUUAAGGUGACACCAAAGCCCAGCAUACCUACAACACAACCAGCUGUAAAAGAAACAGUUGUACAGUCUACUAUACCAGUAGGUUCUGUGCUGGAAGCUAGCAGUCAACCUGCUGAAUCAUCGACUGAUACAGCUCCCCUAUUGUUCAUACAAGAACAAACAACAUUGGGUUCUGAGACUGUCAAGUCUGAACAAGCUGAAGUUGAACAGGUGGAGCACACAAUUACAGGGGUAACCUCCCUUCCCCCAUUAGAUAUAAAGACAUCAGCACCCCAAGAUACAGUGAUACCAUCACAGAGCUCCAUUGUAGAGAAAACAUCUGAAACCGAAAGGAUCCAAUCAACUGAUGACAUAUCCACAGUUGUUCAACCAUCAUCUGAGUCCGCUCCAGAGAUUGUAACGUUGAAACCAGAAGAUGCUGCAGAAACAUUUAGCCCCAUUACAUUGACUAAGGAAGUCCUAAAGUUAAGUUCUCACUCCCCACAAGAAACUCUGGAAGCUAAAAGUGCAGAGAUUAUCCCAACAGUUAUUCUUCCCCAUGACUUGACUCAAGACAUAGACGAAAUACCCACUUCAUCGACUACGGCCUAUUCUAGCAGUUCUGAGCAGGUUGGCUUCACUACAAGGGAUUCACUGACACCACAAGACCCUGAGGUUCCCAGUGUACAGCCUGAGGUGGAUGUAUUCACAGUAUUCAAAAUCUCUCCAGACACAAGCAGGCCAUCCUUGGAAGAAGGAAUCACACAAUCUUAUGUGAGUGAAACAUCUGCCAGACAAGACACAGAAAUUCCAGAUCCAGACACAGUCACAGUACCAGAUCAGCAAGUAGAUUCCACAAGUGAAGUGGAAGGAGAGCUGGUAUCAUCUCCUGAACCAGAAACUUCAACUGACCAGGCUGCGGGAGAACCAGAAUCCACUACUAGAAUACCUAAGGGGGUCCUAUCAGAAACAGAAAAACCAUUACCAGUUGAGAUUUCUGAAACAACAGACAAGACUAUUGAUACUGUGACUGAAAAGGUUGCAACAGCUCUUUCCCCAUUUGAUAAAAUAGAAGGUUCAGGAAUAACUGAGUCUAGAGUCCCUGAUUUUGACAAAACAGAAGAACCUUUUUCAGUAGCUCCAAAAUAUAUUACUACACAAGUAACCAUAGAAAAUGUUUCCGAAGAUACCGUGGCACCUGAAGAGAAAUCAGAAGACACAACUGUUUCGUCUGUACAAGAGGUCCUGACAUCCAAAUCUGUGGAGCCAAUAUCAGAGAGUACAGAAACAUAUCCUAUGUCACCCACAGUAUCUGAAGAUUUAACAAAAUCAGUAGUUACAAAAGACAUUUUAGAAACACUUCGACCACUAGACUUUACUUUGGAAGGAAGUGGACAAGAUCAAGAAACAGUAGCAACUGUAACAGAUAGAAUCCAAGAAGUUACAGUAGGGGAAGCAAUUGUUUCUGGCACUACUAUCCCUACAAAAAAACCUGCAGAAGAUACAACACCAGAAAGUGUCAUCUCUGAAGGUGUACCAGAACUGCCUCCUGUAGAUGUCACAGAGGACCAAAAGCAAGAGACAACUAUUGCUCCUCAUAUUCCAUCAGAUGUAGUCCAGCCUAAAGAAGAAACUACAGAGCCCUCCAUCACCAUUAGUUCUGCUCUGGAUGACAGUGUCACAGCCAAAAAGCUUGUUACAGAUUUGGAGUCAGAAAUUGAAGGAUCAUCAGAGGUAGAAGACAAAAUUGUUGUCGGCACAGAAACACCAUCUGCAGCAGAAACUCUGACUUCAUCAGAAACUCCCACUGAGACUGAUAAAAUACCAAGUUCAGAAGACGCAACUACUGGGCCUAAAGUAGCUGUAGAUCUGCAUACAACAUUAUUACCUCCACCCAUUAGUACUCAGAAACCAGUCUUGAUUGAUGUGGAACCAGAUGAAGACACAAGUAAAGGAACAAUAGUGAUAGAUGAAUCUGUUUCUCCAGUGAAAGCCACAACUGAGUCUGAUAUGACAAGUAAAAAAGCAGAAGCAGAAAUUGAUUCCGAAUUUCUCACAAGUGCUGAACGCCCUUGUGAGGACACCACAGGUGUGACACCAACAGGGUCUAGUGAAGAAGAAAGGCAGAGGCCUGCACCUAUCAAUAUCCUUGUUAUUGAUGUUCCUGAAAACUACACAGGCUCGGUGGACCAUAUCCUUCGCCAUUUGGGUAUAGAAACACUUAACACUACUGAUGAUUCCAGUGAGCUCCCUUACAUAGAAAUUUUACCACCUAUUUUAACCUCUUCCGAGGAGGAGACUGACUGUGACAAUGCUACUGCUACUGCUACAUCCCCACCCUUACAAUUUAUCAAUGGAAAACAAGAAAUUACACCAGAACCCAAACAAUUAAAAACACUGGAGGCUAAAGGAGAGCAGAUCGAAAGUGUUACACCAUCCUUAAAUGCAUCAGUUACUCAGCCUAGUGAGGUUACCGAGCAAAGUGUGCUUCAGACAGAUGCACCAGAAUACACUUCUAUUGAAACUCAAGAAGCUGAAGCAAGUGGUGACAGUGAAAUUAAAAUUAAAGACUUACCCUCUACUCAACCCAUUUUAGAAGUGGAAACAUCCAAAGAGCCUGAAAAAAUAUCUCAACCCAGUUCUGCAGAAGACUUAAUACAUCUAUUCACUAUUGAAUCAUCUGGUGAUGCAGAAACUGAAGUUCCCUCAAUAACCACUACUAAAGCGACCAUUAUAACUGAUAGUGUGGAACCAGAAGCAGUGGAAGUAACUUUUAAGCCAUCUCCAACCUAUGGACUGCCUGACAUUGUCACACAAGAUUCAAGUUCAGUAUCAAUCCUACCUACAACAAAACUUAUCCUAAAGGAGGACUCUUCAGUUGUUACUGAUUCACAAGUAGAACUGGGAGUGGCAACAACUGGUCCUCUGAAUCUUAUACAAGCUUCCACUGCAUUUCUUUAUCCAGAAGGUUCUGGUGAGACAGAGUCUAUCAUUAAUGUAACGACACCGGUGCAUGUAUUUACAGACAGAGAAGAACAUACAACUUGGGCCACAGAGGAUGCAAAGAGUAUUGUGUCUACAGAAUCUUCCAUAGAAGAAGAAUCUACAUCUCAGACUAGUGCACCACCCUCUAAAGAAGUUACAGAACCCAGUACUGCAGUUACGGAAUCAAGUGAACAUGAUAUAAUUUCAACUAAAGCAGCAGAAAAAGAUCAACUGUUUGGUGAAACAGAGGGAUCAGCCACAGAUUCUACAGACCUACCUGUUAUAGAAGUACUUACUACGGAAACAAGUCAAAUAGAAGAAAGUUCUGUUGGUAUUGCAAGUCAAUAUGUUUUAAGUCCAACAUCCCAAGAUGAAAAGGAACAGACUGAUACAAAUCCCACAGAAGCAUCUGCAACAGAAGCCAGUAAAAUAGAUCAAACUACUCUUGUACCUGAUAUCUCAACUAAAGAAAAAUCUGUCCCUGAGCAAACAAGUGCACCAUUGUUAUCUACAGAGAGUGUUUAUACAGCAAUACCAGAUGUACCAGAGGAUAAGGUAAUAUUAACAGAUGCAGUUACAGACUCUUCUAUUGCUAUAACAGCAACUGUAGAAUCACAACCUCAAAAACCUACAAGUCCUCAGCCACUUUUUGAUACUGAAGCCUCAGGAGAUCAAACAGAUGAAGAUAUAGUUGCUACAACCUCACCGACAGACAGCAAACCUGAACCGCUUGAUAAAACAACUCCAACUAAAUCUGAAUUGCUUGAUAAAGAAACAGAAUCAGUAGACGAAACAGCCCCUACACAAGUCUUAAUUCCAUCAGUGCCAACAGUGAAAGAGGAUAAAGAUGAUAUAUUAGGAUCUGGAGAUAUUGAAUCAACUUCACCCAUUGUAGAUGACAACAUCAUAUUUAGUACACCACAAGCAAAGCUCACUACAGGUGAUCACAGAACAUCACCUGUAGAAGAGACCUCCACUACUAAGGUUACAACAGAUUCCGUUUCUGAAAAAAUCAGCACCAUAUCACCUUUUGCAAUUGAGGGCUCUGGAGAGGAGGCCAUUUUUACUACUAAGUCUUUUGAAGAUGUAAAAAGUGAAAUAGAUACUUCUCAACUGUAUACAGCAACUCCUUUUAUUACUGUUGAGGAGCCCAAAAAAUUAUUAUCACCUGAAACCAAAGAAGACUUUUUUGGCUCUGGUCAGUUUCAAUCAACAAGCAGUCCGAAAGAACUCCAGUUUGAAACAGAGACAGAAAAGUUGUAUGAACCAGUAUCUAGUUUACCCCAUUUACCUUCCACUGUACCAUCUGAAACCUCAGAAACUGUAAAAAUAGAGGUCACAUCAUCACUUGCUAUAACUGACAUUAGAGCUGCAAUUGUUAGCACCGCAUCUCCACUCAUUGAGGAAGGCUCGGGUGAAGAUGACAAAGUGUUCACCGCUUCAUUUAUAGCCACAUCAGAAUCCAAAACAGAACCACCACCUAAAGAUAUUACUACCAUUUUGCCAACAAUAGAAUUAUCAAAGAGUGCAGAAGAACCAAAAACUGAAUCGGAACUAGAAGCAUCUGAGACUCAGUUAGGCACAGAAGUACCUAAAAUAUCUGAACAUGUAAGCUUGGAAUCAAAACGUAUACCUGUGUCCUCUGUUGGUCCUUCAGAGGUGAUCUUAGAGGUCACUGCUAAGCCGAUAGCCACUAGUGACACUCCCACCUCUGAACUUGGCUCAGGAGAUAAGGAUACACUGCUUACAACUUCUUCUAUAAGAACAACUUCGGUUAUAUCAGAAAUAUACAUUGACAGUGCCAGUGCUGAGGAAGCUGUGCUAAGCGUGAAAACACAAACCAGUCCAGCUACUCUAAAAGACAUUGUAACUGCUGGUUUACCAUUUACUGAUCUGGGCUCAGGAGACUCAAGUGACAUUAGUAUAACUUCUUCAAGUAAACCUGAAACUGUUUUCUCAACUACAGAAGAAGAACAUUUACAAACAGAUACCAAAUCACUCCAGUUACUUGAAGAGAUCAGCACCUUGCCAUCAUUUAUUGAUUCUGGUUCUGGUGCAGAAGAAGAUUUGUUGACUACUGCUGCCCCUAGUGCUGAAAUAAUACAGACAGAACAGCCAAAACUUUCCGAACCCAUUACGACUAAGGUUGAAGAAACAUUAGAGACACAGUCAGCUGAAGUGGUAAUAAAAACAAGUGGCACAGUCACUGAUCAACCUGUAGUCACCGUAGACCUUAGCACUGUCUCAAAACCUCAGAGAGUUGUCAAUACUGAAUUUAGUGAACUAGGCUCUGGUGACCUGGGAGAUGUCUCAGGUCCUGUACCAACUUCAUCUGAAAUAGAGGCCCCUAAAGCUACCACAUUUACUGAUGAAAGUGAGACAAUUUCAGAUCAAACACCUAAGAAACUGGAAACAAUUGACUCAACAUUAUUAUUUGAAAGUUCAGGAGACGAAUUAGAAACUCAGACAGAUUCUUCUUCUGCAGCCUCUGUAUCUGAAGAGCAUGUUAGUGAAGUAACUUCACCUACAGCAAAGACUGAUGUUGUUAGUGAUUUGCAAGAUUUAACCCAAAAAACAGAAGUUCCAGAGCCUCUUAUAAGCCUUAGCCCAAGUGCGUCUCAAUUAUUAAUAGAUGAAACAAAGUCUUUUACAGAAGAAGCGUUGCAGACCAAGGUGGUGACAAUAUCCCCUAUAAGUGUUGAAGAUGAAAAAGAGUUCCUUAUUGGUACCGAUAAAACACCUGGCCUAGAAGUAAUAGAAGAAAGUACUAUUAGUAGCACAUGGGGUCUCUCACAACCUAAUGACACAAUAAGUGAAAUAGUUAGUUCUACACCCAUCCCAUCAGAGUUUAUUCUGGAUGGGAAAACCAGUACACAAUUCACAGAAGAACUUCCCUCAUUGACUUCAGAGACUGUUUCUACACCGCAAGAGAAAGUUAUUCCCACAGAAAAAUCGGAUGUUGAAGGCUCUGGAGAAUUAUUUCCUGAUAUCCAUAUUACAAGUACUUCAGCACCAGUGGAUCUCACUUACCUGGCAUCAACUCCAAGCAGUGAAGAAGACAAACAAGAAAUUAUUACACCUAGUUCUAAGCUAUUGACUGAUGACCAGCUUGUAGAAAGUUCCCAAACAACAACCUUAGAUUUGUCACCAACUGCACAGUAUAUAGAUGUUUCAUUAUUGCAGCCUGAAGAAUCUACUGUCCCCAUUGAUACAGUUACUCCUGAAGAAACAGUUGGUCAUACUGAUCUAGAUGAUAGAGCUAAAGGUACACAUUCGUGUGUGUUGGAAACUACAUCUCUACCAUCGAGCACUGUGGCUACAGAGCUAUUUACAGAGCAAAGUUCAGGGGAUGGUAUAGGUACUGAGGAAAAUAUUGUUGCUAAAGUUAGCUCUAUAAGUUCAGCAACAAUAGAUACAGAUUCUACUACCAUAGCUCCAGAGACUCUACAACCCUAUAAACUAACUGAGCUUUCAACUCCACAACAAACGGAGGUUCAUACACAAGAAGAGGAAAGUUCUGGGGAUGAAAUACUUACUGAGGAACCUAUUGUUAUUAAAGCUACCACACUAAGUUCUAUUAAAAUAGAAGCUAAUUCUUCUACAAUAUCUCCAGAGACUCCACAAUCAUAUCGUAUUAUUGAGCUUUCAACUCCACACCAAACUGAGGUUCAUACACAGCCCCCUUCUGAAGAUGCUUCUGAAGAUUCCAUAUUACGGGAGGUUACAGAAAGUGAUAUCUCUGUCUUGGAAUCCAGAACAAUCACAACAGUAGAUGAUUUCCAACAGCAGACAACAGAAUCUUUAGAGAAGGAAAGUAGCACCAUCCAGUUCACAACAGCUAGAACAGUUAGUUCUGAUGUCGAGAAAAAAACUACAAUGCCUGUUACUGAUAUAUUCGAGGGUUCAGCAGAGGGAUCUGGCGUAGAACUUCCUUUCAAAGUUACAUAUGCAACCGAACAGCCCAUUCAACCAAGAGCAUUUGCUUCUACAGUCCCAGUUACAUCUACCACUUCACCAAGUUUGGAAAUCACCGAAACUGUUGCAGAUGAAACAUCUACUACAUCCACUGUACUAAUAAUGGUCAGUAAGGAUUUGGAUGAUGUGACCACAACUGACAUGGCAAUAACUGAAUUGCCUGAAACUAUAUCUGAAUCAGAUAGGUCUGAAGUGGGUCAAGAAAAAACAGAAGAAGAAGAGUAUGUCACAUCAACAGUAAGCAAGGAAGCUGAGCAGGACAAGGUUUUGUCUACACUAAGUACUCUUUCUGUUGAGGACUUAAGUAAAAGGCCUGAAAGCUCAACAGAUACGUUAUAUCCUACAUCUGCGAUUAGUGCAGAACCUGAAGAAGACAAAGUUCAGCCUUCUCCAGCUGUUGACAGCGCCACUGAUGUUCAUACUGUAACUUCAGAGGAGGAAGUGGUUACAGAUCAGCCAGACUUGCAAUUUGUAUCUUCGGCCAGUCCUAAAGCCCCUGCGGAAAUAUCUGGAAGUGGAUAUUCCACAAAAGAUACUAUUGUUGCGAUUGAAUCCUCUAGUCAACCACAAGACGUUGUUACCGAGAGCGCACAGGAAAUUGUCCGCUCAGUUGCACAUGUGAGCAGCCCAUCCUAUGAAGAUAAAACAUCAAGUAUUGAUCUAACAGAGCUAGAAAGUGUUUCUGCAGUAACCGAAGAACCCAGAGCUCCUGUCACUGUCAUUCUUGUGAAUGGAGCAUCAGAUUACACAGGGAAAAUUAUUCCGAGUACUUUACCUGCCUCUGGUUCUGGAACUGACCAUGGUGUUUCAGGACAAGAAGCUAGUGCAGAUAUUACUGCAACCUACAAACCAACAGGCAUUGAAUCCAUUGAUGCAACAGAAAGCCCACCAGAAUCUGAUGUUACCGAGCAAAUACAAGCAGAAUCCAGCCCAUCAUAUGUUGAGGGAGGGGAAAUAGUUUCAGUUAAGUCUGAUAUCUCGGAACCUACUGAUGAAGCAGAUAUUGACACAGAAACUGAGGAGAGCGCUACACGUGGUCCAUCAUUGCUUAUUUCAUCUACAGAAGUUAUUGAGGUUGUCCCAGCUACACCAGAUGCUACUGAGGAGGAAACUUCACCACCCUCACAGGCUGUUGGACAAACUGAAGAGACAGAAGAUAUUCCUGAUGGAGUAACCCCGCAGCCUGAUAUUGAUAUCCAGAUUUCCACUAGUAAUAAUGUUGAUGCAACUGAUCUUCAGUUAACAAAUCCUUGCAAGGAAAACCCCUGUCAGCAGGGAGGAACAUGCUAUGCCCGCGGAACCUCCUCAUAUGUCUGCACUUGUUUGCCUGGAUUCAGCGGAGAGCUUUGUGAAAUUGAUAUUGAUGAAUGCCAGUCAAACCCUUGUCGCAAUGGAGCUGCUUGUGUGGAUCACAUUAAUUCAUUUGAAUGCAUCUGUCUCCCCAGCUAUUCUGGAGCACUUUGUGAACAAGACUCUGAAGUCUGUGACUACGGCUGGCACAAAUUCCAAGGCCAGUGCUAUAAAUACUUUGCUCACCGGCGCACUUGGGAUGCGGCUGAGAGAGAAUGUCGUGUGCAGGGAGGUCACCUGACCAGCAUCCUAUCACAGGAUGAACAGAACUUUGUGAACCGUUUGGGUCAUGACUACCAGUGGAUUGGUCUGAAUGAUAAAAUGUUUGAGCAAGAUUUCCGCUGGACUGAUGGCAGCACACUGCAAUAUGAAAACUGGAGGCCAAACCAACCGGACAGCUUCUUUUCGGCGGGUGAAGAUUGUGUCGUGAUCAUUUGGCAUGAGAACGGACAGUGGAAUGACGUGCCCUGCAACUACCAUCUCACAUACACCUGCAAGAAGGGGACAGUUGCCUGUGGACAACCUCCUCUUGUUGAAAAUGCAAAGACGUUUGGAAAGUCUAAACCAAGAUAUGAAAUAAAUUCCAUGAUCCGAUACCACUGCAAAGAUGGGUUUGUUCAGCGACAUAUGCCAACUAUACGUUGCAGAGGGGAUGGAAUGUGGGAUCUGCCUAAAGUUACAUGUAUGAAACCUUCCAUGUACCAAAGGACUUACUCCAAGAAAUAUUACUACAAAUUUAGCCCACCCCAGAUGUGGAACCCAGUGAACACUCCUAAACAUCUUCACCGUUGGAGCAGGACUUGGCAGGAUUCCCCACGUUGAAUGCAGCAGACUUCUCUAGAAUGGACAUCCUAUCUGCCAAAGUCCUAACUUACAGUGCCUUUCUUUUGAAAUUUCAAGAAGCAUUCUAGCUGAUCCAAUCUUGGAUGUUUUGGACAAUGGCAUCACUCAACAACAGAAGAAAACAAGAACAUUUUUUUUAAUCAAGUGUUAAAACUUAUAGGGAACUAAACCAGAUGUAAGCGUAAAACCAGCCUACUAGAAAGUGUACUUCUAGUAUGAAAUGUAGUUUUGUGUCACCAAGGCAAGUAAACAUAUUGUAUUAAUGCAAGCUUCUGCUAAUAUUUAAGCAGCUUGACCCUAGCUCCAAUGACCUUUGUAAAUAAGAUGAUUUAAAUAUGUUUUCUAAUCAUGUACAUAAAAUUGAAGUAGUUAUACUAAAGUCAGGCGUAUUUAAUAACUGCAAUACAGCUUAACUGUUAGAUCACUAACUGAAGCCAAUACUAGUUCAUCAAGGCUGGAAAAAAAACUAAAACCUUGGCAUGAAAAAAGAAAAAACUAAGUGCCACACGAGGAAUUUUUUUUAUAGGUGCAUUAUUAUGACACUUGUGCCAUAUGACUUUUUGUGUUGUGGAAGAAAAAGAGAAAAAUAUAUGUGGGGAACACCAUUUCCACACCACUGAUAUUAUUAUUAUUAUUAUUUUUUUUUUACUUUUUUUCCAUCCAUGACCACUCUGCAAAAAUUGAUUUUUUGGAUGAAUAAUUUAGGUCUUUAUUUUUUAUUUUUAUUUUAGAAAUGAUAAUCCAUAAAAAGAGCUAUUUGUAAGGGUCAUUGGUGCAGACUCAGACCUGACGUAUACACAAACUAUUUGCAUCAGACUAUAGGUUAAGAUUGCAUCAUUUUAUUGGAUGCAAGUUUUUUUUUAAAUGAUGUCUAGACUGCUGCACAAAUAGAUGCAACACAGGUAACACGAGCUAUUUCAGGUCUGAAUUUGCACCAUAUAACUCGCACCUAGACGGAGACUCCUGUUGUUAUCACCAAAAAAAGGGGAAUUGUUUCAACGUCUUCAAAAAUACUAACUGGCAUAAAUUUAAGGUGCGUUCUACAAGUUUUGUAUAAAAAAAAAAAAAAAGAAUGAAAACUAAAAAUAAAAAAGUAAAUAAUUUUGUACAUAUAA